CCCCCAUGCGGGAAGGAAAGCUGCAAGUGUAGUUCACGUGCUCGCCCACCCAGUACAUGUUGCCGCAACUUCGAAUAUUCGGCUCGAGAGUGUCCUCGCAAUUUUGUCGAAAGGCGUACUCUUCUGCGGACAUCUGAGUAGCGUAUGCACAUGAGACCGACUUAACAUCCUGGAUCAUUUGCGUUGCAGCCAUGCCGACUCUAGGAGAUAGGCUUUACGAACACCGGCUCGCCGGUCGAUUCUGUGAUGUGGAGUUACUACCGAGCGAUUCGUCGGACGGAAUCAAGUGCCAUAAGCUCGUUCUCAUGGCUUCAAGCGAAUACUUCAGCUGCAUGUUUUCCUCGGGCAUGCGUGAAACUACCGCAGAUUGUGUGAGGCUAGGAGAUUGUCGUUCGGACGUCCUCCUCGCUCUCAUUGAUUUCCUCUACAAGAGCGAGCGUCCCCUCGGUAUCACUUGCGACAACGUUCUUGAGCUCUUCUCGUGGGCGAUCCGUUGCGAUCUUCCGAAACUCAGCGAAUUUUGCUGGGAGUUCAUCCGCAAUUCUCUAGGACCUGAUAAUGCCUUCAGUGUCUUAUCGUUCGCCAUAGCUCAUCAUCUAAAGGACGUCAGGAAAGAGUGCAUUUCCAUGAUUCAGAAUGCAUUCAGUCUACUCGCCGAUGCCGACGAGUGGUCUGAUUUAUCUUAUGGAACGCUGAAAGAGAUUUUAUCUCGCCAAGUGCGGGUAUACCACGAGGAACUCGUGCUAGACAUCCUCAUGCGUUGGACACAGCAGCAUUCGGAUGAGAAAGAUAUCCUCAGCCUGGUGGACGUCGACGGCAUCUCUGAAACGUCUGUCGAAAAGUAUAAAGAUUUCCUGCAAAGCGUCCAUUACGUCCCGAAAGGACCGACGAGCAAAAGCCCUACAUUCCACGCUCACCUGAUGCUCCAAUAUAAACACGAAAUCGGACUCUUAGCUGUGAUCUGCGUUACGAACAGACAUGUCGAGAUUUAUCGCUAUCCAGAGAUAAGCAUCAGCGAAUACGACCGGCAGGAGAACUACAGGGUGAUGUGUUGUGCGACGCACACCGAUGGCAUUGUGAUAGGGGUGUGUCGCAACCUGGGCAUUUUUUCCUAUAACCACACGAUCCGCCAAGUGAAGUUUUGUGAGAAUUUGCAAAUACAAAGGGGUGCGGGAUGCAGCACGAAAGAGGCCGCCGUCCUCGACGUUGUAUCCGUCGGCAAUCAGCUCUGGGCAUUGAUGCGGGACUCGCGUUCCAAUACUUAUCGGCUCUCCUUUUACUCGGCACAUCUAAAUGUGUGGGACUCAUCGAUCGAGGUCCCCAACGACGCCCACAAGAUUAUCGGUCCUCGUACCAACGUUCUAGGUCCAAAUCUCUUCAUUCUUCGGAAGAAUGGAAACCUCAUGUACGCUCCCGUUUCGCACUUGCAGUCUUAUUCAGUUUCCGAACUCCAAACCAUAGAGCCCGGUCCGAAUCGGAAGUUGUUCGACUGUGAAGGUCUUUACAUCCCGGGCGGUCUUGUGAUGAUCCAUGGCAAGGAUACGGCUUGCGACUUCUGGACUUCUUGUUAUGAUGAAACAUCUGGGGAAUGGAAACCCGAUGUCGUCAGGCUGGUCCACGAUUCAUCCCAGGACGACGAGGAUGUCUACGCCUAUAAACUGUUCCUCGAAGGUUCUGACGUGUACCUAAUUGAAGAAUGGAGCUCUGGCACUUUCACGUUACACCGAUGGGCUCCGCAAGAUGUCAGAUGGGACAUCGUGAAAGUUUUCAAACAGCCGCGGGCGCGGCUCGUCGGCCCUGUUCACUUGAAUGAUUGUAAUGCCGAAUCGGACUAGUCAGCUGAUUGUACAUGGAUAUUAAUGACGCUUAUUGUUAUUGUUAUUUGUGGGACACGUUCCCUCAGUAGAUCCUCCGGGUCAUUGUGCCGGCAGCAGGAAUUAAACCCACGCCAAGAGGCGAGCGGCAUCGUUGCGGCUUGGCACUCGACACCCGUCGGUAUUGUCUCGGUCGAGGUUUCCGAUGAGACCGAGUUUCUCAUACGCAAUGCGUGCCGCCUUCGACCACCCUUAAGUUUUCAACAUUCAGAUUGAGGUCCGACCGGGAUCCGGACGUUGGAAUGCUUAAGCAUCAAUCGUUGAAACUCGCAGCAGAGAGCUUUACACCAGUGAUACAAUCGUAUGGUGUUCCGACAUCCUACAUGUCAGCCGCGACGAAACAUUCCCGAGCCUUUGAUACCUCUGAGGACCCUGGGAAUCGUUUCCGAGAACCCUGACGCCCACGCUUAUUGGAUCCGAUGAAGACCCGGAAAUCGCCGGUCCAUUUCGCCGGACAGUUUCGGGAACCACUGCUCCAUGUUUCUGAUGGGAUCCGUCUGAAGAAUAUCUCCAUGAUCGACAACGCAUAUACUUGAUAAUGCGACAGGCCUCGUCAUUGUUAUCGAUAAGUUUUCCUCAAUAAAUG